CCUGCCCCUCGCCCGCCAGGCAUCGAGGAGCUGUGCCAGAAGCGGGAGGAGCUGUGCCGGCAGAUCCAGCAGGAGGAGGAGGAGAAGCAGCGGCUGCAGAACGAGGUGAGGCAGCUGACCGAGAAGCUGGCCAGAGUCAACGAGAACCUAGCCCGCAAAAUCGCCUCUCGGAAUGAGUUCGACCGGACCAUCGCGGAGACGGAGGCCGCCUACCUCAAGAUCCUGGAGAGCUCGCAGACUCUGCUUAGUGUCCUGAAGAGGGAAGCUGGGAACCUGACCAAGGCCACAGCUUCAGAGCAGAAGACUAGUGGAGGCAAGGACAGUUGACAAGGCCUCUGGUGGGAAGAGGCCUGUCUCCACUGCACCUGUCAGCUGUUUGAUCCUCAGCAAGUCUAUCUUCAAAGUGUCUUUGUUCAUGGCAGCAUCUGCCUUCAAGAGGCAGCUGCCAACCUCCACUGCCCCCUGCUGACAAGAAAAGCCCUGGGUGCAGCCUACCAGGUGGGAGGGUCCUAGCCAUGCACUCACCACACAGGCAGUGGGGAGGGUGGGCUCUGGGUCAGUUCUGCUCGGGGCCUGUCUGAAGCCCCCACACACCCCUGGGCUGCAGGAAGGCCCUGCUUCUGGCCUCAGCAUCCAUGGGAGGUCCCUCACGCUCCUUUGCCAGCAGGUGCCCAGGCCGGGCGAAUGGGCAGGGAGGGCCCUCCUCACUUCAGAGCUUGCUCUAGUGACCUGUGACUGUCAAUAAAUGUUGUUUUUAUGAAGA